UUUCUUUUUUGUGUUUGUCAACUAUCUCAGUUUCGGAUGAGCUUUCUGUUUGGUCGCAAAAAGCCGGAUCAGCCGCCAGUCGCCGAGGUCCGCAGCGGCGCCAACAACCCCGGAGCGCAACCGCAAUCGCCUGCAUCGGCAGCAGCCAGCCCGGCAGGACCCGCGCCGGGGAUGCCCCGCGCCAAGGCCAGCGCAGCGGUUGGUUCGACAGCGGCAGGCGUCAGCGACGACAGCCAGCACCGACCACCAGCGCCACGCACCAGUGUCAUGUCGCCGCAGGGUGUACCCGGUACACCCACGAACGGCAGCGCGCAUCCUGGCCCGGCGACCCCGCGCGGAUCGCUGUUUGGCGGCAUGAGCGUCAAGUCGGCUGCGAGCAGUCCCAUUGCCGCAGCGACCGGCCGCUCGCACCCAGCUCCGUCCGACGGCCCGUCAGCAACAGUGACGUCGGGCGUGCUGUCGUCGCACAGUGCCCAGCAGCCGGACGAGCAGCAUCAGCACCAGCAGUCGGGUUCCGGAUUCUCGUUCAUUCAGGAUGGCGCUCAAGAGGAAGACGAUCUGACCUCAGCUCAUGACGCGCCUGCCGAUGCUGGACCGAGCGCUUUUGGAUUUAUUACUGCAGAUGACAAUGCGUCAUCGGAUGACAUUGGCGACGAACUUGCGCCAGAAGAGGCCGGUGCCGCAUUGCCGAGCGACUCUUCGUCGAAUCUUGCGGACGGUACUUUGGGCUCGUCGUUCGGGUUUAUCAACAACGCGCCUGCUGACGAAAGUGCUAAAGUCGCAGAAGCUGUUGCUCCGAUCGUCGCUUCAAUCACUCCUACUCCUGCAGUAGCUGACGUUGCAGUGCCGCAGACACCUGCGGCGGUGACAACAGCCCGACCUCCACUGACCAAUGUUGUCGACAGCUCUCCGCAUUUGGUCGCCACGGCUCCCGACACUCCCCCUGCUGUUGGAGGUGCUGCUGGCGAGAAGAAAAAGAAGAAACGCCUGGCUGUACGACCUGGGCAUGCGCGUGACGACGAUGAGGACGAGCCCAGCGCCAUCGUUUCUGCUGCUCCAGCCUCGCCAAACGUCCAGAGCGCGGCAGCCCCUGUGGAGACUCCUGUUGCCACUCCCGCUCCGGCGUCCAUCAGCGUCAAGCCAGACGUAGCUGAUGCAAUCAAGCCUGCCACUGCAGAUUCGCCCGUAAGCCACGCGAAACCGCAGCCCAUCAGCGCCCCAGCCGUAGAUGUGUCUGUUCCAGCCCGUCAUGCGCCUACGGUACCCCAGUCUCCGCCGGCACAAGCCGCGCCGCAGUCCCCGCCUGUUUUGCAAAGCACCGAGCCACCAAAGGCCACCCUGGCCGCGCAGCCAACUGCAGCGCAACAGGCCAUAGCCGACAAGUUGAACGAGCUCGCUGCCUCGCGGCAAGCCCUCGACAACGAGCAGCAGAAGAUUGUCGCCGAGCAAAACGCCACCUUUAGCCAGCUGAUUGCCUGCCGACAGGUUAUCGCCGAAACCGAGGCAGCGCAAGCCAACUCGAUCGCCGACGAGGCGUUCGACAUUGCCGAGGAGCUCAAUGCGAAAAUCGAGGCACUGCGGGUUGAGGCCACGGCGUUGCGACGUCGCCUCCCUGAGCUGCAUGGCGAUUUGCGCGACGUGCUCACACGCCGAGUCGAGCUCGGCGUUGCUGAAGCUGCAAUUCGGCAAGAAACCAUCAAUGUCCAUGCAACUGCAGUGGAAGCGGAGGAAGCCUCCUUCCAGUCAUUCCGUCAAGAGCAAGACCGCAAGACAACUAAAAUGCGUCAUCGCAUUGCUAGCGAGCGAGAACGGAUUGCCAGAGGACUGAGUCACGUCCAGCUGGACACUGAGCACGUCGAGCGACGCGAAGCCGAACUCGACACGACGCUGGCAGAGCAGACCGCCGACCUGACAGACCGCCUUGCAGAGCUGCAGACCUCCAAAGACCGUGUUCGCAACGAAAUUCGUGCAUUGAUGGCCCAGGUGGCUGCGCUGCAACAGGAAGAGAACGAGGUCAGCUCCGCGAUGGCCAUCGAGCAAGGCAAGAUUGACGCAGUGCGCGACACGCUGCAUGAAGAGCGCGCACGUCUCGAGCAAGAUCGACAGCGCAUUGCUGAAGAAAAGGCCAAGCAUGCGACAGAGAUGGAGCAAGUCUCUCAGGAGCAUGCUGCCUACGAAGCGUUGGUGGCCUCAGUUGAAGAGGAGUCGUCCGUGCGCAAGAGCAAGCUGGCUGCUGCCAAGACGCAGGUGUCUCUCGGGCGGUCUGACCUGCUCCACCUCGAGAAAGAGAAUCGUGCCAUGGCCGAUUUUGUCAAUGAAAGCAAGGAACGGGCGACUCAACGAUUCCGCAGCGAAGAAGAGCUAGAUCGUCUUGCUCUCAAAACAAAAUCGCAAGAAAAGGAGGUCAAGGACAUUACCGCCAAGUUGUUGGCACUUCAAGCGCAGGCCUCGCAGCUGAAGAAGGCGAUUCAAAAUGCAGACGAGAGGCUGCCUGAGCUCG